AUGGGCAGUGCUCUUUACACAUCAAAAGGGACGGCUGAGGUUUGCCAUGGAACAAUGGAGGCUUGUAAAUCAAUGUGCCCAACUGAUUGCAUUUUUGUGAGUUCAUGCAAUGGAAAAGAGAAUCAAUAUGCUUGUGUGGUUUUUGACUCAAGAAUGUUGAUGUGGUUGAUCUUCAUCUGUUUUCUGAUCACAGUUUGCUGUUGUGCCAGCUUGGUGGCUUGUUAUUUCUGUAAAGCCAUUCGACAUUCAUCUCGGCACGCUAGACGAACAGAGAACGAUAUCGUUUUCACGAAUCCCGGUCGUGUCCACCAUGUGCAAUACUCGGCUCCCACUCGCUACUCUCAUGGGCCAUCUCACAAAUAU